GAUCAGUCCUUUGAUCUGGAAGAUUGGCUUCCAAUCACAGCAUCACGAAAUGCCAAUUGGUACUAUUCGGCUUUCCACAACGUCACUGCCAUUGUUGGUGCUGGACUUCUCGGUCUUCCUUACGCUAUGUCCGAGCUUGGAUGGGGACCUGGGGUUGUGGUGUUGAUCUUGUCAUGGGUCAUCACUUUAUACACCCUCUGGCAAAUGAUUGAGAUGCACGAGAUGUUUGAAGGCCAACGGUUUGAUAGGUACCAUGAGCUGGGUCAGGCUGCCUUUGGGAAGAAGCUUGGUUUGUACAUCAUCGUGCCCCUCCAACUUCUUGUUGAAAUCAGUGUCUGCAUUGUCUAUAUGGUCACUGGAGGUAAAUCCCUUAAGAAUGUACAUGACCUUUCCGUGGGAGAUGACAGCUGCACAGAUAUGACUAUUCGACACUUCAUUCUCAUCUUUGCCUCUUCCCAGUUUCUUCUCUCCCUUCUUAACAACUUCAAUUCCAUUUCUGGAGUCUCUUUGCUUGCUGCUGUCAUGUCAGUAAGCUAUUCCACAAUUGCUUGGGUUGCCUCGCUGAGGAAGGCAGCCGCCACAGGGAGUGUAGUAGAGUACGGCUACAAAAAAAGAACAACCUCAGUGCCAUUAGACUUCUUAAGUGCACUAGGGGAGAUGGCUUUCGCCUACGCAGGUCAUAACGUUGUUUUAGAAAUUCAAGCAACCAUCCCAUCAACACCAGAAAACCCAUCAAAACGACCCAUGUGGAAGGGAGCCGUUGUAGCUUAUAUCAUUGUAGCUUUCUGCUACUUCCCUGUGGCCCUUGUAGGCUUCAAGACCUUUGGAAACAGUGUUGAAGAAAACAUCCUCGAAUCACUCUCAAAACCAAAGGCACUUGUCAUUGUAGCCAACAUGUUUGUGGUCGUACACCUCCUGGGAAGCUAUCAGGUGUACGCAAUGCCCGUGUUUGACAUGAUCGAAUCUGUAAUGAUAAAGAAAUGGCACUUCAGUCCAACAAGAGUUCUACGGUUUACCAUCCGAUGGGCUUUUGUGGCCGCCACGAUGGGAAUAGCAGUCGGUUUACCGUAUUACAGUGCGUUGCUGUCAUUUUUUGGGGGAUUUGUGUUCGCCCCGACCACAUACUUUAUCCCAUGCAUCAUGUGGCUGAUCCUAAAGAAACCAAAGAGAUUUAGUCUAUCAUGGUGUAUCAACUGGUUGUUCAUCAUUCUUGGGGUUGUACUGAUGAUCAUAGCACCUAUUGGGGGACUGGCCAAACUAAUCUAUCAUAUUAAAAAGGGCAGUCUACCUAACUCCAAAUGCAAACUACCUAAAAACUGAGUGCACUAGGCUUUGCAACAUGAAUUCCUUGUAGGUAUGGUUGGAUGCAACGAUGUCACUUUUGUACUAGAGAGAGGCUAUAUAUAAAGCAAACUCUAGAGUAAAAUAUUUAGGGACAAUUCCGAGACACAUCCUCCUCUCUCAUUGGUUUCUUAGGCUCACAAGAUAAAGUGUUCGUGGUUUACUCGGAUUAAAGAAAGCUUGUUUACAUUUUUGAAUCUAACUAAUCGUUUUUUUACAACAA